GAUGAUCCAAAAACAGAGGUCGUGGAAGCUGCUAAAUCUGGAGAUGCCGAGUUACUCAAUGAAGUUCUUGAGGAAUUGAACAGUGCAGAAAGAAUUUUAGCCGUUAGGGAUUAUCCGUUUGGGCGUGAACUUAAAACAACACCGCUAAUUAAUGCAGUUGAAAAUGGAAACCUUGAUUGUGUGAAAGUUCUUUUGAAGUACAAAGCUGACACAGAAGGACGAGGGGAUUUUCACCUUUCAGACCUUUUUCCGUAUCCUUAUUUCUGGCUUUGUGGCACACCUCUGUGUGUUGCUGCUGCUUAUGGAAAUCUUGAGAUUUUGAGUUGCUUAGUUGAAAAUGGAGCUGAUAUCAAUGCAGCCACAAACUAUGUCCCUGGUCUCACGCCUCUGAUGUUCGCUGUUCAAGAGAGUCACAUUGAUGCAGUAAACUAUCUUCUUGAUCAAGGGGCAGAUGUAAACCUGCAACAGGAAUCUGGUUAUACAGCUCUCCACUUUGUAGCUGCUAAGGGUUAUUUUAAUGAAAUUAAACUUUGAAACAGCGCCGAAAUCCUUGUUCUGGAAAAAUGGGUACCCUGAUUUAAAUGCGCCACGAUUGGCCAGUUAAAAACAAUCGUGAUCGCCAAUCAGGUUGAAUGUUGGCUUUGUGUUGAGUCGGUUGGGGUCCAGAAAAGGAUCAAUAGACAGCAUUUAAUGAGUUUAGUUAUAUCUGAUCAAGCUGCUAAGUGUUAUUUUAAAGCCUUGAAGCACCUAAUGAAAAAUGGGGCUGAUGUUAAUGCACAUGACGAAAACAAUGAUACUCCUCUGAUGUUGGCUUGUGAGGAUGUCAAUAAGAAAGCAAUAGAGCGCGUUUAUAAAAACAGUGGUCAUGAUGUAACAAGUAGCGCAUACAACUAUUUUGAUGCUGUAUCCCUACUCAUUGAUCAAGGUGCUGAUGUAAACCUUCAAGACAAUUCCGGUUAUUCAGCUCUGCACUUUGCCGCUGGUAGUACCCACAAAAAUGGUGUGGCUAUUAAUGUAUAUGGCUUUGAUGUUAACAUAAUCACAGGCGACAAAUGCCCCUCUCGGAUGGUACCAUCCCAGCAUAACAAUAUGAAAGUAGUCAACUGUCUUCUUCAAAAUGGAGCUAAUGUAGAGCUUCAAGACGAAGAUGGUCAAACAGUCCUCUUCCAUGCUCUACGGAACAAGGGCAUCUCCUUUGGCAUUUUGAGUUCUCUGGUUAAAAAUGGAGCCAAUCUUAACACAAGAAGAAAUGACAAAUGCACACCUCUCAUGAGUGUGACACAGAGUUGUGGUAUUUAUGAGGAACAACUAGUAACUUGGCUCGUUGAGAAUGGAGCCAACGUGGAUCUUCAAGACAAAGAUGGUCUUACAGCUCUUCACUAUGCUUGUAUGUCUGAUAACUCGUGUGAGGUUGUGAGUUGUUUGAUCAAAAAUGGGGCCAAUAUCAAUGCAUGCACAGGUAAUAAAGUCACCCCGCUGAUGAGAGCAGCUAAAAAAGGUAACUCAGAUGUUGUCAGCCUUCUUAUUGCACAUGGAGCUAAUGUGGAUCUUCAAGAUAAAGAUGGUGAUACAGCUUUUCACUAUUCUGCAUGUGAAGAAGACUCCCUGAACAAGAUGCCAAUGGGAAAAACCAUCUUGAAACUGUUAACUGCCGGAGCAUCCUGUUUGUGUAAAAACAGUCAUGGAUUAACACCUCUUCUUGCCACUAGUAAUAGCAGCAAUAGAAGAAGUGUGCUUUUUUUAAUCAAGCGACCUGAGUUUACCAAAGAGCAAAGAAUUGAUGCUUUAGAGCUACUUGGAGCUUCUCUGUCUCUUGACCAUUGUUAUUGGGGAGGAUUUAGGUACAUCAAGCAUGGCAUGGAAGAAAGGUUUACUGAUCCUUUUAAUCCUAUUUUAAAACAGCAAAUGGAACCCAUUGAAGCUUAUCAGAACAGGAAAGAGAGCCAAACUCUUGAGGAGCUUGCUCUAGUUGAAGGUGAUAAAAAAGCGAUGAUCAUGGAAAGCCUUGUUGUUAAAGAAAGAAUUCUUGGAAGGAACAAUGAAAAACUACUAAAAUCAAUUAGAUGUGCUGCUAAUUACUUUGGGUGCCAUCAGUUUUCUCUAUGUAUAGGGUUGUACAGACAUGCCAUGAAAAUAGCCCAGUGCUGCAAUCAGUCGGCUUCACGUGAUUUAAAUGGUAUCACCAAAGUAUUGGAAAGCAGGUUGGAGAAUAGCCUUCCCAAAGAGGAUCCUGUUUUUGAAUUGCUAGACCAAACAGUUCUUGAUCAUGACUACGAGUUGCAAAGAACAAAAGAACAGGAUGACUACCUUUUUGAUUCUUUAUUCAGAAUUCUUCGGAUGAUCGGCCAAAAGGAACUUGGUGAAAAGGAUAAAUUCUCAAAUGCAGCAGUUUUAUUAAAAACUAUUUGUAAGUUAAACCCUCGAGGUUAUGAAAGGAAUACAUUGUUACAUGAGUUCAUCAGAUAUUCUGGCCACAGUGGUUCUUCACAGUUGUGCACUGCUGCAGUGAAACUUCUUGUGAAUGCAGGAUUCAAUGUUAAUGCUGUCAACAACAAUGGAGAUACUGCACUUCACUUAGCUGUCACUUCAGAACGCUGGGAUGAUGAACAUAUCCAGUUUAUAACUGAAAUUUUGCAGCUUCUGUUUAAUGGAGGUGCUCAUCAUGAUUUUGUCAACAAUGAUGGUAAAACACCCAUGGACAUGGCUAAAACUGAUGAAGCUCGCAUGAUUCUUUCUGAGAGAAGAAAACUGGAGUUAAAGUGUAUCAGUGCCAGAGCAGUUAAAAAGUUUGGAAUUCCUUAUUUGGGGGAGGUACCCAAAACACUGGAGAAAUACAUUAGCAUGCAUUAAAUGGAAGUUUUGCAGACAAAGCAGAGCAAAGCUCAUCUCAUGACAUUUCUGCACCCUUUUUUAAUACAGUCACUUGAAAAUACUUUAUUAUAAAUUCCUCUGGUGUAUGCUGAUGACUGCUAUUUCAGGAAAUUUAGCUUCUUUUUCAAGUUGCUUAGAGCUCCUUAGAUUUAUUUUCUGCUUUUAAUUUCUAUAACUCUCUCUGUAUAAUUUUUAAUGUAUCAUUUCACUAGUAAUUAUCGAUUUGAUUUUUGCGUUGAAUAGUUACAUGUACAGUGGACUUUGGCAUACCUCAUUGCCAAUGAGGCAACCGAGCUAACAAGUGAGGUUGAGUCGGUGGCAGAAUUAUAUCGCCGCGCAGAUAUAUACAGUGUAGGAAAAAACUCGCAAAUUCUGCGUAACCCUCUAAAAUUUGCAUUUUUGACUACAUUUGGGUGUAAGUAAGACCCCAUAUUUGGGUAGUGACCUCAUGGUCUUGUAUUUACAACUCAUGGUUCAAGAUUGGGUGAUUCAGUGUGCACCUGUUCCUUGUCUGUUCAAGAGGACCUGGUGAGCAAGCUUUAAUUCGAUUUCUAGUUUGAACGGGCACUUAGUGCUCUGGUUUGCUUUAUAAAUAGUGUUUAAAGCAGCAGCUGAUCAAGGAAUAGGGUUUUACGCUCAAAUUUUUGUCAGAACUACCUUGUUCUUUGCUCCUCGAUUUAUAUUGAGGUAGCGUGUUCGCUUCUCGACUCAGAACCAGGGUUUUCAGUGUUCUCUUUUCCUUUGUGAACUGAAUUUCAAGCGGUGGUUGAUCAAGGCAUAGGGUUAUAUUCUCAAAAGUUUAAUAUCAGAACCAGAGUGUUCUUCGCAGGUCGAUUUACAUUGAGCCAGUCCUCACCUCCCGUGAGGAAUGCAACGUAUUUGCCGACCUUUUUUUAAAAAUCUAUUUACGUUUUUCGAGAGAUUUUGUCAGUAAGCAUGUCUUUUUGCUGCUUGAUUUACAUUGAGACAGCCCAAAACUCCCGUUAGGAAUGCAACGAAUGUGCGGACUUUUGUUUUUCAGACUAUCAUUAUGCCUUUCAAGAGACUCUAUGUCCUGUGACACUCACUCAUUAGAUCUUUGUAUUUUAUUCAAGUUUAUUUUUUUAUACCUCUAAUACAUUCCGCCCCAUUCUUGCGCGCUUUUCACACAUUUUAGUUUACACCAAUUUUUUUCUUAUGUAUAUUACAUGCAAAAAUUAUUUUUCUUAUCCCUGAUGACGCUGUUGCUCAGAAUUUAAUUGUUAUUUUUAAUUUCAGCAGUCAAAGGCCUCAUUUGAACUAUAUUUUUCUUUCAAACGUUUAUAGCUUUGAUAUACAAUGGAAUUUUCCAUGAAACAUAAGUGUUAACUUGCUCAUAUUUACCAACAAAGCUUUAAGCCAUGUUGUUAUUGUUUAACAAAAGUGAAAGCCUAGAAUGUGCCAAAGUUGUUGUUUUGAAGUUGGGUGCCAUCUUUUCUAUAGUGGAAUCCAUUUUAAACCUCUAAAAUUAUGAAAGAAGAUCUCAAUAGGCACAUUCCACAAAAGAGAAACGAAAUCGCCUCGUUGGCACUUCCCGGAAGGUACCCCUAGUAUUGUUAUAUAUGCUGGUAUCUGGUAUGUAAGUUUGUAAUACUUUUAAACCUGUAAACAACCACUUAAAAAUAAUGCAAAUUUUUACUGCUUGCUACAAGAUUUGAACCACAGGCAUUGUCUUUUAGAAGACAUCCAGAAGUAUCUGGUUGUUGGAAGAUAAUAAAUAUCCACCCAAUGUUACAGUUUCUUUGUAGCUCCAAUUGCAUGUUUUAAAUAUUUAAAGUUUCUGGUAUAAUCUGAGUUGGGUAGUAAACAUAGCAAAAACAUAGUGAUUAAACCAUUUUAUUAUGUAGACACGAGUGGUUUACUGGAAAAUAUACCAUUCGUAAAAUUCAUAAAAACUACAUCCGAGACCCGAGUGGUUUAUUUUCCAUAAUCUCACACAUGAGUUUAUCGAUGAUGUAAAUAUUUUGGUAAUUUCCCUCUUAUUUUAUCGAUGUCAUUUUGUCUUUAUAAUAAAAAGAACAUUACACAGCGGCUUGAAGAUAUGAAUUUUAUUUUCUUGUGGCAAAACAAUAUUUUACUCACUCGCUGCGCUCCUUCGUAAAAUAUUGUUUUGCCACUCAAAAAUAAAAUUCAUAUCUUCAUGCCACCUUCUGUGCCACCUUGUAAUAUGUCCCUGUCCCUAUGUAACCGCUCCCCAUAGAGACGGAGAGAAGCCUGGGAAUGAGGCUGAUAAGGCUUUGUAUGGGAAACCACGCAAUCUUGACUGGGUGACAAGUGCUGUUAUUCUCAUACAAAUCUUUUUAAUUCUCGGCAGAUGCUGCAAUAAUCAAAACUUUUCUGACAUAUCCCCUCAAAAUUCAAAAGAAAUAUAGUUUUAAUAUAUCUUUCAGUUCCUAAUAAAAUCAUCCUUCCAAAAUGGCUUGUUUUGGUGUUUACAGAAAAUUGGUUGCGUGACACUGGUCCUGAGACAGGUCACUGAUUUAUUGAUAGGUAACUCCAACAAAUAGUUUCCUCUCGGUCAAAAACAUCAUUUUGGAUAGGUACUGGGGCUAGGAGACACUUCUGGGUUUCUUUAUUUAUGUGUGCAAAAUGUAAGGAAAAAUUAUGUCAAGUCCAUAUAGGCUCCUACUCAGGCGUUCUUUUGCCUCGUCACACAACAAUCCUCCCUUUUAUUUGUUGGGAAGGAUUGGUGACAAAGCAUCUGCACAAGAGGCUAUAUCCAAUACGGUUACAAAUAAAUUAAUCAAGCCACCAUCAAUGGUAAUUGAUGCAAUUUCAAUAGAAUUUAUUGUAAUAAAGGGGAGAUCUCCUUUAAAAAAAAGCUUUGCGAAGUAUUCCUGCUACUAGAUAACUUUUGUAGCCACUUUCAAAAAAGAGUCCAUAACCCGGAGCGAACAACUCCCAUACUAGGCCUAUGUCACGGCGUUUUUACGGGCCAGUUUAUAUUUAGAUACAUUUUAGGGCACUUUUUCCCACGAAAAUAGGAUCUCUUCCAUGUCUAUGAGCGCAUUAGAAGUAUAAGAUAUAAAAAAAGAAAACUAAACGAUAUUAAAAGGCAAAAAUAUCAUUUUUAAGUGCAUAGGUUUUGCUGACUGGUUUGUGGAAUUAAAAAGAUAUUCAUAACUCGCGCCAAAACCGUUCUAAAAAUAAACUGGUUCGUAAAAAUCGCCGCAACACGAGCGCUUGGAAGUUGCUCCCUCCGGGUUAUGGGCUGCUGCUUUCAAUGUAAGAAAGAUGUUAAUGGUAAAAUGAAGAUAAAGAAAUGAAAAACAAAAAUACCCAACCAUGUUUGUGUAGUUCGGAAAGGUCAUGGUUUAAAAUCGUGAUUCCUCCAUAAUUUUUCCAGAUCGUUAUUAUUUUUAAUUGUUUUUCUCUUUUUUGAACAUGUAAGGGGCCGUCGACAUAUUCAUCCCCCACCAUCCCCCUCCUUAAAGUUCUGACUUGAAAUUAACUGACCCAAAAGUCACUGUUGCUCAUUAUAAGUUAUCGAGGACUUAACAUAACUUAUUCAGUUUAAGUCGAAGUAUUGUCAUUUGUUUCGAAUUUGUUCUUGGAUUGAAAUAAAAAUGAUUGCCUCGGAUUUGGUCCGACGAGGCUGAGAACGGAUUUUAAAAAAAGAACGCUGAGGUUGAAAGUAUGUACCGAAAAAAGAUUCUAGUUGUGUUCACCAAGUACGAUUUUAAGCUUUUUUUAUUAAUCUCUCUUGUCCCUGAAUCGCAAGUAAACACCAGUGCGGAUCCACGCCCUUCUACUGCUUGUGACGUCAUCUCAUUAACGAUAAAGGACAACCUUGUCAUUUAUCUUCUACAGGGGCAGAGGCGGCGGAGCGUUUUGAAACGUGGGGGGCCUCAUUUCCAAUGAGCCAUACGCAUACCCCUACUCAAAUUUUCCAAACUGCCCUUUGCGUUGUUCGUUGGCACAAGCAAUCAUUACACAGUGUCUAGCGUGUCCGUCCUCGAUUUGUGACAAUGCAUCAGUACUACAGUUGUUUAGGCGUUGCUACUGAAUUCUGCUUCUUAGGUAAUUCUUGAGUCGUCUAAGUGCAGAAAACGUGGUGGGCUCUGCCCCCCUGCUCCCCCUACUCCCUCCAACUCCUCCAUACAUUACUAACGGCCUAACAAGUUAUACCUUUUACGCUACAGGUGAAACACGCUCAAUCACUUCACACAUUACUUGUAACACUAAAAAUGUUAUCCACAUGGUUCAAUGUAACCGUUGUAAUUUACAAUAUAUAGGUGAAACUAAGCGACGUCUCAAGGACAGAUUUAACGAACAUAGACGUGCAGUCGACAAAACUAACAUUAAAUUUAAACCCACUACUGUUUCUGAACACUUUCUCUCUCACUCUAACCAUUCUCAUACUGACAUGCAGAUAAUCCCACUAGAAAAAAUUCAUUCUUCACGUGACUCAGUUCGUAAGGCCAGGGAGUCGCAUUUGAUAGAUAAGGCCAUGAUUCUUGAACCUCAUGGCCUAAACCGCCGUGACGAAUUAUUGUAAUCCAUAUCCUUAGUAUUUUUCCUUUCCAGUUUUUAUGUUGUACGUCAUUUCCGCCUCUCCCUUUUAUUGCGACAUUCUCCAUCUAUAUAAUAUUGUGAUUGCUACAUAAGUUCAGUAACAUCUGUAAACCUGAAGAAGGCUGGUAUGGCCAGCCGAAAUAUUAUUAUAAAAAACAAUACACGUUGUUUUAAAUCAGCUUUGCUGUAAUCUUCGGACUUCUCGUUCUUGUUUUUUAUAUUUUGGCUGAUUUGAUCUCUUCUCUAGAGAUCCAACGUUUACAACUAGCAGGAUCUUCGUCCACGGUUUUUGCAGUUAAUUUAAUCCCCCUACUCCGCCGCCUAUGAGGGGGGAUAGGUCCUUCAAAUCACCUUGCUAAGUUUGGACUCUUUAAAAAGCACUAGUUAAUUCAUGACUGUAUCCAUUUGUGUGUUUUUUUUUAUAUUUUUGUUUGAGGUGGGCAGGUUUCCCGCCCAACCAACUUUUUAAGGGAAAAGCCCUGGGGACGAGGUUGCCGGUUCUCCAACUCCUGAUCCGAUUUCAGACCAAAAAAUGUUAUUUCCCAAACCCGUUUUCAGACCCAUCCUCUGAUAUCCAUACUCGUUUUCAGACCUGGCCUUUAGGCAGAUAUUUUGUUAUCAUUACUAAUUAGAUUAGAGCGUAAACAAGAAACAUUCUUCAAAUCCAUUUCGAAUUCGCAUAUCUGUUUCUCUUUCUUUCUUACUCACUUGGAAUUGAAACAAUAAAAACGUUCAUACACUCCCGUAAUUCUCUCGAAAACCAUACCCGAUUCCAGACCAAAAUGGGCAAAGUGUAAACCUGUUUCUUAAAUUUAAGACCAAAAAACGGGGCAAAAACCCUACUCGAUGGGGGGCACAUACCUAUAUGGCUUAAAUAAGGGAGUACUCCCCCCGGGAAAAAAAGGCAAGUGAAAAACCAUGUAAUGUUGACCCGAAAAUUCCCAUGAAUAUUUUGUCCUACUAUCCUCCUACCUUUCCAUCCAUCUAAUCUUAAGAUGAUCCUAAGUACUUUCCCAAAAGCCUUUCCCACCCGGAUAUGAAGCCUAGUAGAUGCCUAGCGAAAUAAAAAAGGAGAAAAGAAAAAGUGAGAAAGAGGGGAGAAGGAAAAGCGAAAGAAAUGGUGCCGCAGUCAUUACUUACGCAAAAAGGUCCUGUACUGAAUGAAGAGUUUUAAGAGAAUCAUAGAAGAUAUCAAGCAAGUAUUUCAAACCAAACCACAACAGGAAACUUUUCGCUUCUGUGCAUGCCUGUACUUUGGACAGUUUUUAGCUUAUAUUUUGCAUCUAAAACAGAAGGUCGCGAAGUGCACGACCUGCAAAGAGCUUUUUGGAAAUUAAACCAACUGUUUUAAGCAAAAUUCUUAGGGGCCGAAUUAGGUGGACUAAAUGGGUUAGUGUUUGCAUCACACAUGUUUGAAAUACGAAAUUGUUCAUAAUUCUUUGCGAGAUAUUUGGAACUAGCUAUUCUUUUGUGGGGAACAACUAGAAACCAUGUAUUGUAAUUAAUUUUUACACGUUUUAUUCUUAACAUUUUCAUCAUAUUGGGACAUUGGUUAGGUGUCCUGCGUUUGGAUUGUGAUGGAUGGUAAGGCUGUGCAACGACGGAGACUGGAAUCUAGAAUUCUUAUUUUCAAAAUGGCUGCUGCUUCGCCGAUUCUUCGCCUGCUUCCGUGUUGAACCGAGGUAAUUUAACCGCGGUUAGAAACCAGAGUUUAGUUUCGUCUGUGGCGCAGUCUGUGUAGAACCAUGAGAGAGCAAAUAACGUUUACAAAAUGGACUGACAAGCAGCUUUUGGAGGAAAAAAACCAACCUCAUCAUCCCAUGAUAUUGGGCUGACGAUAUCGGGGAGUUUUAAUGGGGGAGGCAAAAAGCAGUAGAGAAUAGAGGAGAUUCUCUGGAAAGUGCGUUCUGUAAUAACCUUCGUUCACCAUGGAAAACAGAACAGAGGUCUUGAAAGCUGUGAUUUCUGGAAAUGCUGCGCUACUAAAUGAAAUUCUCCAGAGUUUGAAUAGUACGGAAAGAAUUUCUGUUUUAGCUGCCCAAGACUACACUGACAAGGUCUUAGAAGAGAAAAACGUUAUUAGCAUUCCUUGUAAAACCACACCGUUAAUAGUUGCUGUUCAAACUGGAAAUCUCGAUUGUGUCAAAGUACUACUGAAUUACAAAGCAGACAUUGAAGAGCAGGGAGAGAGAUUUAGAUAUCUUGUAUUUCCCCCUGAUAAUAUAUGGAACGUGUCUAAAUUUGACUUCGCUUACACUUGUCCACCUUUGUUUCUCGCUGCCGCUAACGGAAAUCUUGAUAUUUUAAGUUACUUAUUUGAACAAGGCGCGAACGUUAAUGCAUCCUCAUCUUCUGAGUCUUCAGAUCCUUGGUCCGUACCUUUUGAUGGUUAUUUAUUCUGGCAUACUCCGCUUAUUGUUGCCUUGAAAAACGGACACAAUGAUGCAUUUACCUUUCUUAUUGACAAAGGUGCGGAUGUAAAUUUACAAGACCAUGGUGGUUAUGCAGCUCUACACUAUGCUGUUCAAAGGAGGAACUUUGAUGCCAUAAGUUGUUUAGUUGAUAACGGGGCUGAUGUUAAUCUCUUUACAUCCUCUAAAGAGACACCUUUGAUUCUGGCCUGUACUCAAUCUCAUAACAUGAAGACCAUAAAUUUUCUUCUAAACAAAGGGGCUGAUGUAAACCUUCAAAACAGAAACGGGAAAUCAGCUUUGCACUUUGCUCGUUCAGACAUUUGUUAUUGGUUGAUUCAAAAUCUAGCUGAUGUUAACAUGUGUGACAAUCAUAAUUGCACCCCACUGAUGCAAGCCAGCAGGAAGGGUGAUGUCAAGAAGGUAGCCAUGCUUAUUGAGAAUGGAGCAAAAGUGGAUCUUCAAGAUACGAAUGGUAAUAAUGCUCUACACCAUGCUGUGCUCAACUCAUAUGAUUCACAUCCAUACACACCUGAAAUUUGUCUUGCACUUUUGACUGCUAAGGCAUCCAAUCUGUGUAACAGUCAGGGAUGGACACCUCUUCUUCUAGCCAGUAAAAACUGCAUUAAAUCAGUAGUGGAGAUUUUACUAAAGCAUCCAGAAGUAACAAAAGAGCAAAGAGCUAAUGCUCUAGAACUACUUGGAGCCUCUCUUUGUUUGAAGAGUGGUACCUUUCCUGAUGUUGAGGAAGGAUUCAACUACAUUAGACUUGGCAUGAAAGUAAGGUAUACUGACAAUUCCCAUCCUUUGUUAAAACAGCAAGUGGAACCUGCUGAAGCUUAUCAGAAAAGAAGAGAGUGUCAAACUCUUGAAGAGCUUGCUGAGAUAGAAGGUGAUAGGGAUGCUAUCAUCAUGGAAAGCCUUGUUAUUAGAGAGAGAAUCAUUGGAGCAAACAAUGUAGAACUACUUGAAUCGAUUGAGUGUGUUGCUGAACACUUUUACAGUAAGGAACCUGGUCAUUUUAAAAGACGAAGUAUACCUCUGUACAGAUAUGCAAUAAAAAUCACCCAAGGGUGUAUUGUAGAACGUUUUGAAUCUGCAGUGUCAUGUUUAUGGCAUUUAACAGAUGUAUUGUAUGAAUGCAAACAAUAUUCUGAUAAAGAGCUUUUGCUAGAAUUGCUAGAGCUAACAGUUUUUUUGUGUGAGAAUUGGCCAGACUGCAAUGGAUAUUACCAGUCUGUCUGGCAUAUAAGGUAUGAUGAAGGAGAAGUGUCACUGUUUGAUUCUGUGGUGGUGGUGAUACAUAUGAUUACCAAGAAUCUCCAAAAUGGUGAAGAAGAUGAAACAUACUUGAACGUCUUGGUUUUGCUGAGAAAUCUUUUGCGCCAUAAUCCUAGAUGUAGGAAUGAUAAUGGCACACUGCUUCAUGUUAGGAUUUAUGCAACUGAAGAAAUCAUUUUUGAUAUUUUUCCAAGUGCUGAUACAGUGAAAUUGCUUUUGAAUGCAGGAUUCAAUGUAAAUGCCACUGACUGUAAUGGAGACACUCCACUUCAUAGAGCUGCUAGUUUAGAACCUGGCAAUGACUUGAUUCAUCGGGUACCUGAAAUUAUGAAGGCUUUGUUUGAUGGAGGUGCACAUCAUGAUUUUGUCAACAAUGAUGGUAAAACACCCAUGGACAUGGCUAAAACUGAUGAAGCUCGCAUGAUUCUUUCAGAGAGGAGGAAACUGGAGUUAGAGUGUAUCAGUGCUAGAGCAGUUAAAAAGUUUGGAAUUCCUUAUUUGGGUGUUGUACCCAAAACACUGGAGAAAUACAUUAGCAUGCAUUAAAUGGAAGUUUUAUAGACAAAGCAGAGCAAAGCUCAUCUCACGACAUUCUGCACCGUUUUUUAAUACAGUCGCUUGAAAAUACUUCAUUAUUAUAAAUUCCUCUGGUGUAUGCUGAUGGCUGCAAUUUCAGGAAAUUUGGCUUCUUUUUCAAGUUGUUUAGAGCUCCCUAGAUUUAUUUUCUGCUUUUAAUUUCUAUAACUAAUUAUUGAUUUUUGCGUUGAAUAGUUACAGUUAGCCUGAAAUUCAUCCGAUUGCUUCGAGUCGUUUUCUCCUCUCAACAACGUCUGAAUCGACUGGCCGUUAAUGCCGUCCAGUGACGCCACUCACUACCCGAAAACCGGGUAGUGAUUUUGAUUGGUAGAUUGUCUAAACAUUCGCAUAAUUAUGUAUAAUUAUGAAAAAUUUUAGCGGGAUUGUAGCUUGAUAUUCAGCGGAUCACAUCCCUGGCAUCCUUUCAUUUAGUUCAAACAUUUCGAUAAGCUUAAUCUUUAUCUUAAACAGCAAAAUUGCCCUUGUCUUCGAAACUGAAAUGCCAUAUUGAACUGCAUGCAAAUGAAGGAUCAUUGCGGAGAGUGGGUAGGUUUUUCAUUUAGAGCUGCUUUGUGGUUUCGGCGGCCGGUGAUUUUGUUUACACGAAGUUUUCUGAGGUCAAUGUUAUAAUUCGACCUUCUUGCUAUUUUUACCGUCAAGUGUAAUGUUUCUGUUAGCUUUUCUUUCUUGUCUCCUUGUUUUUUUUCUUCGUUAAAAAGGCGGACCAAAUAGCUUCUUGUCAAUUAAAGCAAAUCAUUGUGUUUUUGAACUAAGUGUUCCGUGUGUGUAUUUAUUUCAUUGCGUGAUUGUGACCGAGUUUGAUUAUAGAAUUUAGUACAACCAGUUCAGAGUUGUACUGCAUGCAGUUGAUAGUUUGAACGUUAAAAAUAAAUUACGACCGAAAAAAAUAAAGCAGUUCUGUAUCAUGUAGACAUUUCCAAACGAUAUUUCUCGGUUUGCCACUUGAAAAUCGUGUUUUACUUUUUGCAUGAAUUAAAGCAAAGGUCAAGGAGUAGUGACGUCACUGGGCAGCAUUAACGGCCGGUUGAUUCAGACGUUAGUGAGGGAGUAAUAACGACUGGAAGUACGCGGAUUUGAUUUUUGCGUUGAAUAGUUACAGUGGACAUUGGCAUACCUUAUUGUUAUAUAUGCUGGUAUGUAGUUUUUAAUACAUUCAAACCUCCUGUAAGCGACCGCUUAAAAUGCAAAUUUCAAUUUUUGCUGUUCACUACAAGAUUUGAAUCACAGGCGUUGUCUUUUGAGAAGAGGUCCAGACUUAUCUAUUUGUUGGAAGACAAUAAAUAUCCACCCAAUGUUACAGUUUGUUUGUAGCUCCAAUUGCAUGUUUUAAUAUUUAAAGUUUCUGGUAUAAUCUGGGUUGGGUAGUACACCUAGCAAACAUAGUGAUUAAACCACUGUAAUGUCCCUGUCCCUAUGUAACCGCUCCCCAUAGAGAUGGAGAGAAGCCUGGGAAUGAGGCUGACAAGGGUUUGUAUGGGAAAUUGCGCAAUGUUGACUGGGUGACAAGUGCUGUUAUUCUCAUACAAAUCUUUUUAAUUCUCGGCAGAUGCUGCAAUAAUCAAAACUUUUCUGACAUAUCCCCUCAAAAUUCAAAAGUAACAUAGUUUUAAUAUAUCUUUUCAGUUCCUAAUAAAAUCAUCCUUCCAAAAUGGCUUGUUUUCGUGUGUAUGGAAAAUUGAUUGCGUGAGACUGGUCCUAAGACAGGUCACUGCUUUAUUGAUAGGUACUGGCUCCAACAAAUAGUUUCAAAAAUAUCAUUUUGGAUAGGUACUGGGGCUAGGAGACACUUCUGGUUUUCUUUAUUUAUAUUUAUUAUAUAGACACGAGUGCUUUACUGGAAAAUAAACAUCCGGGACCCAGUGGUUUAUUUUCCAUAAUUUGGAUAGGCAUUUUGGGAUGUCACUUUGUCUAUAUAAUAAAAAGAACAUUACAUGGUGGCUUGAAGAUAUGGAGACACUUCUGUAAAAUAUUGUUUUUCGAAAAAUAACAUUCAUAUCUUUAUUAUAUGUACAAAAUGUAAGAAAAAAUUAUGUCAAGUCCAUAUAGGCUCCUAUGCAGGCGUUCUUUUGCCUCGUCACACAACCUUCCUCCCAUUUAUUUGUUGGGAAGGAUUGGUGACAAAGCCCUAAGAGCGUCUGCAUAAGAGGCUAUAUCCAAUAUGGUUACAAAUAAAUUAAUCAAGCCACCAUCAAUGGUAAUCAAUGCAAUUUCAAUAGAUUUUGUUGUAAUAAAGGGGAGAUCUCCUUUAAAAAAAGCUUUGCAAAGUAUUUCUGCUACUAAAUAACUUUUGUAGCCACUUUCAACAGGAGCCCAUAACCCAGAGCGAACAACUCCCAUACUGGGCCUCUGCCAAGGCGUUUUUACGGACCAGUUUAUAUUUAGACUCAUUUUAGGGCACUUUUUCCCAUGAAAAUAGGAUCUCUUCCAUGUCUAUGAGAGCAUUAGAAGUAUAAGAUAUAAAAAAAGAAAACUAAACGAUAUUAAAAGGCAAAAAUAUCAUUUUUAGGUAUAUAGGUUUUGCUGACUGGUUUGUGGAAUUUAAACGAUAUUCAUAACUCGCGCCAAAACCGUUCUAAAAAUAAACUGGUUCGUAAAAAUCGCCGUGACACGAGCGCAUGGAAGUUGCUCCCUCCGGGUUAUGGGCUGCUGCUUUCAAUAUAAGAAAGAUGUGAAUGGUAAAAUGAAUAUAAAGAAAUGAAAAACAAAAAUACCCAACCAUGUUUGUGUAGUUCACAAAGGUCAUUGUUUAAAAUCGUGAUUCCUCCAUAAUUUUUUCAGAUCGUUAUUAUUUUUAAUUGUUUUUUCUCCUUUUUGAUCAUGUAAGGGGCCGUCAACAUAUUCAUCCCCCACCCUCCCCCUCCUCAACUUUCACUUGAAAUUAACGGUCCCAAAAGUCACUGUUGCUCAUUAUAAGUUAUCGAGGACUUUAUAACUUAUUCAGUUUUUAAAUUCGAAGUACCGUCAUUUGUUUCCAAUUUGUUUUUUAAUACAUUCAAAUGGCUCCUGUCAGAACAGGUGUCAAAAUCGGGAUUUUUCCUAUACCGAUCGCACAUUGGUCAGGAGUCGGGAUUUUCAAGCAAAAACGGGAAAAUCCCGACGACAUCGGGAUGGCUGGACAGUCUGCUUUACCCAUACACAAAAAUGUUCGGUACAGUGUAUACUACAAAGAGGAUAUCAAGCAAGUAUUUCAAAACAAACCAAAAGUCGAAAUUUUGCUUAUAUGCACGCCUGAACUUCGCACAGUUUUUAACUGACAUUUUGCAUCUAACACAGAAGGCCGCGAAGUGCAGACCUGCAAACGCAGUUUUAUACUUGCCAACUUUUUCUGAGAUAUAAGCGUGAGAUUUUUAUCCUGGGAGUGCUGGGAUUUUUGAAGACGACACGAUCAUUUCCGAAGAUUCCCGAAGAAUUCCGAAGUCUCUUCCGAAGAAGUCCGAGGUCUUUUCAAAACAAACCAAAAAUCGAAAUUUUUCAUUUUACACAUAUUUUCGUUCCUGAAUGGGUCUGAGUUAACAUAUUUUUGGAAAUUUUAACAAGACGGCAACAACUCACAUUUUUCAAUCAACACAGAAGGCGUGAGCCGGCGUGAGAUCGAAGUGCAGACCUGCAAACGCAGUUUUGGAAAGUUUUAGCUCGUUAAACCAGACAGUAACCUAAAAACGGCCUGACUAGCUUCACGGUUUUGGGCAAAAUUCUUGCAUCACACAUGUUUUAAAAUGCGAAAUUGUUUAUAAUUCUUUGUCAGGUAUUUGGAACUAGCUUUUCUUUUGUGGGGAACAACUAGAAUCCAUGGAAUUAUUUUAAAACUUUUUUUCAACAUUUUAUAUCAAUUUGGACAAGGAUCAAAGCUUGUUGUCCUGUGUUUGGACGGCCGGUGAUGGUGAGCCUGUGCAACGACGGAGAAUGCAAUCAUUCUUAUUUUUCAAAAUGGCGAUUCCAAAUGGCUUCUUCCGUGUUCAAAGAUAAAGAUAUCGCGAUUGCUUCCGUAUUGAACCUAGCAUGCGUUUAACCCCAGUUAGAAACCAGAGUUCAGUUUCCUCUGUGACGCAGGCUUUGUAGAACCAUGAGAGAGCAAAUAUCUUUUAAAAAAUGGACCGGACAGCAGGAUUUGGAUAGAGAAAUACUAACGAUAUCGUGGAGCUAGCUAGGUUUUUUUUAAAAAAAAGAGCCGUAGAUAAUUUAUUCUCUGGAAUGCGCGUUCUGUAACUCCCUUCGUCCACCAUGGAAAACAGUACAGAGGUCUUGAAAGCCGUUAUGUCUGGAAAUUCUGCGCUACUAAAUGAAAUUCUUCAGAGUUUGAAUAGUACAGAAAGAGUUUCUGUUUUAGCUGCCCAAGACUACGCUGACAAGGCCUUAGAAGAGAAACACGUUAUUAGAAUUCCUUGUAAAACCACACCGUUAAUAGUUGCUGUUCAAACUGGAAAUCUCGAUUGUGUCAAAGUACUACUGAAUUACAAAGCAGACAUUGAAGAGCAGGGAGAGAGCUUUAGAUAUCUUGUAUUUCCCCCUGAUGAUAUGUGGAACGUGUCUAAAUUUGAGUCCGCUUACACUUGUCCACCUUUGUUUCUCGCUGCCGCUAACGGAAAUCUUGAUAUUUUAAGUUAUUUAUUUGAACAAGGCGGUAACGUUAAUGCAUCCUCAUCUUCUGAGUAUGCAGAUCCUUGGUCCCUACCUUCUGAAUUUGAUGAUUAUUUACCUAUCUGGCGUACUCCGCUUAUUGUUGCCUUGACAAACGGACACAAUGAUGCAUUUACCUUUCUUAUUGACAAAGGUGCAGAUGUAAAUUUACAAGACCAUGUUGGUUAUACAGCUCUACAUCAUGCUGUUGAAAGAAGGAACUUUGAUGCCGUAAGUUGUUUAGUUCAUAACGGAGCUGAUGUUAAUCUCUUUACAUCAAUCAAUAAACAUACACCUUUGAUGUCGGCCUGUCAAUUUCAUAACAUGGAUGCCAUAAAUGUUCUACUGAACAAAGGGGCUGAUGUAAACCUUCAAGACAGAGAUGGGAAAUCAGCUUUGCACUUUGCAUGUUCAGACAUUUGUUAUUGGUUGAUUCAAAAUCUAGCUGAUGUUAACAUGUGUGACAAUCAUAAUUGCACCCCCCUGAUGCAAGCCAGCAGCAAGAGUGAUGUCAAAAAGGUAGCCAUGCUUGUUGAGAACCAAGCAAAAGUGGAUCUUCAAGAUAUGAAUGGCAAUACUGCUCUACACCAUGCUAUGCAUAACUCAUAUCAUUCACAUGAGUACACACCUGAAAUUUGUUGUGCACUUUUGACUGCUAAGGCAUCCAUCCAUUUGUGUAACAGUCAGGGAUGGACACCUCUUCUUCUAGCCAGUGAAAACUGCAUUAAAUCAGCAGUAGAGAUUUUAAUAAAGCAUCCAGAAGUAACAAAAGAGCAAAGAGCGAAUGCUCUAGAACUGCUUGGGUCCUCUCUCUGUUUGAAGAGUGGAACCUUUGCUCAUAUCGAGGAAGGAUUCGGCUACAUCAAGCUUGGCAUGAAAGAAAGGUUUGCUGAUGCUUCCCACCCUUUGCUAAAACAGCAAGUGGAACCUGCUGAAGCUUAUCAGAACAGAAAAGAGAGUCAAACUCUUGAGGAACUUGCUGAGAUAGAAGGUGACAAGGAUUCUAUAAUCAUGGAAAGCCUUGUUAUUAGAGAGAGAAUCUUUGGAGCAAACAAUAAAGAACUACUCAAACCGAUUGAGCAUGUUGCUGAACACUUUUACAGUAAGGACCCUGGUCAUUUUAAAAGACUAAGUAUACCUCUGUACAGAUAUGCAACAAAAAUCGCCCAAGGGUGUAUAGAAGAACUUUUUGAAUCUGCAGUGUCAUGUUUAUGGCAUUUAACAGAUGUAUUGUAUGAAUGCAAACAAUAUUCUGAUAGAGAGCUUUUGCUAGAAUUGCUUGAGCUAACAGUUUUUUUGUGUGAGAAUUGGCCAGACGACGAUGGAUAUUACCAGUCUGUCUGGCAUAUAAUAUAUGCCGAAGAAGUGUCACUGUUUGAUUCUGUGGAGGUGGUGAUACACAUGAUUACCAAGAAUCUCCAAAAUGGUGAAGAAGAUGAAACAUACUCGAACGUCUUGGUUUUGCUAAGAAAACUUUUGCGCCAUAAUCCUAGACGUAUGUGUUAUAAUGGCACACUGCUUCAUGCCGGUACUCAUUCAACUGAGAAUAUCAUUACUGAUAUUUUUCCAAGUGCUGAUACAGUGAAAUUGCUUUUGAAAGCAGGCUUCAAUAUACAUGCCAUUGACAAGGAUGGAAAUACUCCACUUCAUAGAGCUGCUAGUUUAAAACCUCGUGAUGACUUGAUUCAUCUUCUUACUGAAAUUAUGAAGGCUUUGGUUGAUGGAGGUGCUCAUCAUGAUUUUGUCAACCAUCAUGGUAAAACACCCAUGGACAUGGCUAAAACUGAUGAAGCUUGCAAGCUUCUUUCUGAAGAGAAGAGUAAACUGAAGUUAAAGUGUAUCAGCACCAGAGUAGUUAAAAAGUUUGGAAUUCCUUAUUUGGGGGAG